AUGGUGGAGAACGGCGGGUGCCAGCACGGGCCCGGCGACUGCCUUAGGAACCGCCUGAUCUCGUGCGCCGUCCGCCACCUCCCCGUUGCCGACGGAGGCUUGGCAUUCGCUACCUGCCUCAUGGAGCACCAGAAGCACCUGCGGUCGAACGAACACUCGAGUAUCUUGUCCGCGGGUUUGACGUGUGCCAAAGGGUCGAGAAGAAACACCAAAGCAUUCUACAAGUGCAGCGUAGGUCCUGAGGGUUACCAGCUGUUUGCGGCAGCUGGCCAUAGACAGUACCAGCUGGUAUCCUACCUCUCUUACGUACCAACUGUGCUGAUCGAUGGGGAGGUGGUCGUGAAAAGCAACGAAGACAUGGCGAAGCUCCCGUUAGUGCUGUGUAAUAAACUCAACCACGUACCUCGUGUUCAGUCUUAUUGCCAGAAUUACAUGAAAACGCAAGUCAAAAACUGAAUGAAAACGGGAAAAAAAUGAACGGGUUGUCUGAGUUGAAAGGAUUUUGGGAAAAUUGUGUUUUGUUUGUUUUCAGGAAAUAAAGAUUUUGUCAUUGAU